GAUUAUACGGCGCGAGUGCAUUUGACCUUUUUUUUUGUACAAACGCUUUAGGCAAUUCUGGAGACUAAUUGUCAUAUAUCAAUUGUAGCAGAUAUAAUGUCGAACGACAACAAAUGUGGUGCUGCGGAUUUCUCAGAAGAUAUAGUCCGUCGAACGAUGCCGGCGCUGGUGGAUGAUCAUCAGAUCAAUUCCAAUGAUGACCGCGGGAUUACGGUUGUACAGUGCAAUGGGAUUGGAUUUAAACAUAAAACCUCCAAUAAUGCCAGCUCCUUUCGGAUUGAAGCCUUAUUGGCUAGUAACAGUGACUCGAAAAAGAACGGAAACGUAGCGAAUAGUUAUGAAAAAUCGGAUCAUCUUGUUCAUGAUGAGGCUAAUUUUGAACCACUUUCGUCACUCUCGUCAGAUUCUAGCUCAAGUAUAAGCCCUGGUUGCGAAGAUCAAACUGGAGAUCCCGCAGAAGAUUACGAGAUUUUAAACCCGAGCGGGAGUAGCUCGGCCUAUCGUGGAUUCUCUUCGUAUUAUAGUAUAUGCAGCUCACAAAUUCUACUGAAUGCCGCGAAUAACGUGUCUGUUAGUAAUGAGAUAGAUAUGAAAUAUUCUUUGGAUUCAAUCAGAAGUCACGUGGGCUUCGGUCAAUUACCUCAGUUGGAAUUUUUAAGGCAGCCAUAUUUAUAUUACCCUAGGAUAUCAGAUGUAGAUUCAACAGGUCAACAUGUAUACGGAAGAAACCGACGGCCCCGUACGGCUUUCACGUCGCAGCAAUUAUUGGAACUGGAGAAACAAUUUAAAGUCAGCAAAUAUCUAUCGAGACCAAAACGAUACGAGGUUGCUAACAAUCUUUUACUUUCGGAAACACAGGUCAAAAUAUGGUUCCAGAACAGAAGAAUGAAAUGGAAAAGAUCCAAAAAGGUAAACGAAUCCAAGAAAUCCACAAUUCAAUCGUCAACUACGGAUACAUCACGGUUGGACGAUAACCGGAAAGUAGACCGAGCUUUAGAAAGUCACAGCAAACACCAAACUCCCAAGUCGGAUUAUUCGAUUACUAAGAGUAAUAUUCCCAAUCCUUCCAAUCCAGUCAACGUUAUUCCGCCGUAUUUAAAUUCCGAAAAGUGUACAAAUGAAUCUAUUAUGUCAUCUACCACUCCUGUUUUUAAAUUAGAUCCUGAAAAAUGUAACGUUUUCAAACCAUAUAUAACAUAAUCAUCAA